AUGGCCGACGUCAAGAAUAUAGAUCCCGACCUCGAACGGCUCGAUACGCAGCUGGACAAGCUCGAGGAUGCGCUGGACCCUCUGCUGGACAACUUGAACGACCAGGCAUCCCAGCUGCCGCUUCUCGACAAGGCCAAGCUGUUUUCCCUGACGGCCUAUUCCAUCGAGUCCCUCCUGUUCUCAUACCUGCGCCUCCAGGGCGCAGACGCGCAAGCCCACCCAGUGUACACGGAGCUCAAGCGCGUGCAGCAGUACUUUGGCAAGAUCCAAGCCACGGAGGACCGCGAUGCCGGGGCCGCACCCGAGAGAAGCCUGGUGGUGAACCAGGAGGCGGCGGCGCGCAUCCUCAAAGCCGACCUGGCCGACAACAAGAUGCUGAGCAGCAAGCUGGCCGAGAAGAUUGCCGCGGAGCGCGCCAAGGCGCUGCUGAAAUCGGUGGAGGAGUCGAGACGCCGCGCGGACGCGCCUGCGAGCCAAGGCCGGGCCAAGAAGAGACUCAAGGCGAAGGGGAAGGGCAAAGAGAGGUGA